GUAAAUAUGCUAUGCGAGAUCUGGUUAAUCGACUUCCAGGAGGCAAUGGUCCAAGCAUAUUGUCUGAUGAGACUGUGGCAGCAAUCUGCUGUGCUUUGCAUGAGGUCACUAGUAAAAACAUGGAAAAUGCCAAAGCCCUCGCUGAUACUGGAGGAAUAGAAAAGCUGGUGAACAUAACAAAAGGAAGAGGUGACAGAUCGUCACUGAAAGUUGUCAAGGCAGCCGCCCAGGUGCUGAAUACACUAUGGCAAUACAGAGAUCUCCGCAGCAUUUAUAAAAAGGAUGGGUGGAAUCAAAGUCAUUUUAUUACACCAGUAUCAACACUAGAACGAGAGAGAUUCAAAUCACAUCCUUCUUUAUCAACAACAAAUCAGCAGAUGUCACCUGUCAUACAGUCAGUUGGCAGCACGUCCUCAUCACCGGCUUUAUUAGGAAUUAGAGAACCCCGCUCUGACUAUGAUAGAACGCAAUCUUCUAUGCAGUAUUAUAAUAACCAAGGCGAUGUCAUUACACAUAAAGACAUAUAUACUGGUUCCAGCAAACCUUCACCAAUUUACAUCAGUUCCUAUUCCUCACCAGCAAGAGAACAAAACAGACGACUACAGCAUCAGCAAUUGUACUACAGUCAAGAAGAUACCAACAGAAAAAACUAUGAUGCAUACAGAUUAUACUUGCAGUCCCCACAUAGCUAUGAAGACCCAUAUUUUGAUGAUCGAGUUCACUUUCCUGCUACUUCAGAUUACACAACACAAUAUGGACUGAAAUCAACCACAAAUUAUGUAGACUUUUAUUCCACCAGACGAUCUUCUUAUAGAGCGGAACAGUACCCGGGUUCACCUGACUCCUGGGUGUAGCAUCAAAGAGAAGAAACAACAGUGUAUUUCUCAUCUUGCUUGAGAAGAAAUGGAAUGGCCUAAUUUGUUUUGGUUAUGAAAUGUGAAAGUGAAAUAAGAGGAGGAACAAGGAA